AGGACAGACAACUCGAGAGAUAGAGAGAGAGAGAGAGAGAGAGAGAGAGCCUAACGUUACGUUGCCACUCUUUUUCCCUGCUUCCCAAUUCCACCACCUCUCUCUCUCCUCUACUUCAAAUACCCAGACACUCGUUUUCUUCAAUUAUCAAUACCUUACUUCCUGAAAUCCAAGUAGCGGUUACCAAUCCAGUGAUCCUAUCACUUCUACUUUUUUUUUUCUUUCAUUUGGAUUCUUUCAAGCCCAUCAAGAAAUCGGUAUUGGGGUUUUUCUGUGCCAAGUUUUGCAGGAAUACGAGGGCUCUACUGUUAAUUACUUGCUAGUUUUCAAUCCUAUCGAGUUUAGUUGAUCUACUACUCUUCUUGGGAACAAAAUUAGGGACAUUUUGUAAAUUCUGUUUGAUCUGGAUGUGGUUUCUUUUAGCUACAUUUUGCGGCAAAUUUCAGGACUUCUGAGUUCUUCCUUCUUCGGCCGGCCACUGGAUUUCGUAUUCCUCUUUUUUUGUGGUUUUUUAUUUGGUUUACAGUUGAUCAAGAAAUUAGAUUUUUUGAUUUUCUGCUUCAUUUCGAUACCCGGUGGAGAAUUUUAGCACAGAAUCCUCUAGUUUGCUCCUAUGUUAAGAGGUUUUUUUUUUUUUUUUUCCUGUCAUACUUGGCUGGUGAUUUUAGGGUUUUUUGCUUCAUUAGAUCUCAGUACCAGUGCUAUCAGCUAGUUGCAGCGGAGAUUUGUAAUAUCUUUCUUUUGUGGACUUGUUUUUUAUAUUUUUUUCUUAUUGGUCUCAGGAUCCGAAUUUUUUCUUAAGCUGAAUUCGGUUUGGAAUUCAUCGGUCUCUGUCCUUCUUGGAUCUUUAGAAACAAUGAUCUGAAGAUAGUUGCUAAUUGCAAGUUCUUCCUGGUUCUUUGCCAACUGCCGUUUCUGAAGCUUGCGACAUGUUUUUGUCCAUUUCCGGCGUUGGAAAAUUCUGAGGAUUUUGUACUUUGCUAGAUAAGAUGCAACCUGACCAGCGAAGAAAGGCACAUGGGGAAGUAGAUUUCUUCACUGAGUAUGGGGAAGGUAAUAGAUACAGAAUAGAAGAAGUAGUAGGUAAAGGAAGCUAUGGGGUUGUUUGCUCUGCAUAUGACUCACAUACUGCGGAGAAAGUUGCAAUUAAGAAGAUCAAUGAUAUAUUUGAGCAUGUCUCUGAUGCAACACGCAUUCUUCGUGAAAUUAAGCUUCUUAGGCUCCUUCGCCAUCCUGAUAUUGUGGAAAUCAAGCAUAUACUGUUGCCUCCAUCGAGAAGAGAAUUCAAAGACAUUUAUGUCGUAUUUGAACUCAUGGAAUCUGAUCUGCACCAGGUUAUCAAAGCAAAUGAUGAUUUGACCCUGCAACACUAUCAGUUCUUUCUUUAUCAGCUUCUUCGAGGCUUAAAGUAUAUACACACAGCAAAUGUGUUUCAUCGUGAUCUAAAACCGAAAAACAUCUUAGCAAAUGCUGAUUGCAAGCUCAAGAUCUGUGACUUUGGUCUUGCUAGAGUGGCCUUGAAUGAUACUCCAACAACAAUAUUUUGGACAGACUAUGUUGCAACAAGGUGGUACAGAGCUCCUGAGUUGUGUGGAUCCUUCUUCUCAAAGUACACACCAGCAAUAGAUAUAUGGAGCAUUGGCUGCAUCUUUGCUGAAAUUCUUACUGGAAAACCUCUCUUUCCUGGUAAAAAUGUGGUCCACCAGUUGGAUCUGAUGACUGAUCUGCUAGGAACACCUUCUCCAGAAGCAAUUGCCAGGGUACGUAAUGAGAAGGCCCGUAGAUAUUUAAGUAGCAUGCGCAAGAAAAAGCCGAUCCCGUUCUCUCAAAAAUUCCCAAAUGCAGAUCCCCUUGCUCUUCGUCUGUUGGAGAGGAUGCUGGCAUUUGAGCCCAAGGAUCGACCUACUGCUGAGGAGGCUUUGAUGGAUCCCUAUUUUAGGGGCUUGGCCAAGGUUGAGAGGGAGCCUUCUGCACAACCAGUGACAAAGAUGGAGUUUGAAUUUGAGAGACGGAGGAUUACAAAGGAUGAUGUCCGAGAACUCGUCUAUCGGGAAAUUCUUGAAUACCAUCCAAAGAUGUUAAAAGAGUUCCUGGAGGGCACAGAUUCAACUGGUUUUAUGUACCCUAGUGCUGUUGACCAAUUUAAGAAGCAAUUUGCUUUUCUUGAGGAGCAUUAUGGAAAUGGUUCGACUGCACCUCCACCUGAGAGGCAACAUACAUCAUUACCCAGAGCAUCUGUGCUAUAUUCAGACAGCACAGCACAUCAUUCAGCAGAAGUCACUGAUGACCUAUCUAGAUGUUCCAUCAAGGAAAUUGAGAAGCCACAACCAGACAGGAGUUGUGGGGGCACUAUGACAAGAGUUCCUCCCCAAGUUUCUCAGAGAAUCCAAGGUGCAGCUGCAAAGCCUGGGAAGGUAGUUGGUUCAGUCUUGCGUCACGACCAUGGGAUGGCAGCAGAGGCUUUUGAACAACGAAGGAUUGUCAGAAAUCCCCCAGUGUCAACUCAAUAUGUCGGUUCUGGCUGUUUAUAUCCUAGAAGGAUCCCCGGCUGUAAAAAUGAGAGUGAAGAGGGUGAAGGACGUAGACCACCCAAUGAAGUGCAGCCAAAGCGACAAUAUAUUGCGAGGAAAGUGGCUGCUGCACAAGGUGGUCCUGGUGGUCAGUGGUACUGAUUCCUUGGCACAUUAGUGCUUGUUCUGGGUACUGGAGGUGUAUGCACUCACGGACCACUAGAGGAUCCGCAUAGCCACAAAUUACAUGUUUGCGUCGGACGUGUGACUUUCAAGUUUGAUGGGAAUUCAUUUUUUUUGUCAGAUUAUUUUACUGGUGCAGCUGUGCUCAGUCAGCAGUCUUUGAAGAAUGGCUUCUAACGGUUGAAGAUGAUAGAAGAUGAUUAUUCAGACGCUACGUAAAUUACUGAUUUGUAAGUAGCAUGGACAAAUCUGUGACUAUACUUCUGUUCACUUAAAAUACAAAAGCUAAGGAAGUUUAAGAGCCAGAGAAGGGAUAUGCCCGUCUAUUUGUUUUUUGUACCCUAUUUGCUUCCACAACCAAAUGAAUAAAAUACUCAUUUUCUCUCUCA